CCCUGCCCUGCCCUGCCCUGCCCUGCCCUGCCCUGCGCCCCGCGGCCGCGGCCGGGCGGGACUCGGUGCGGGGAUUAGCGCUGGCCGGACACCAUGAGGGAGGCGGAGAUCGGGAGGCUGCUGGCCGCCAACCUGCUCUGCGCUCUCUCCAUCGUCCUGGCCGCCGUCAUCCCCGCCGCCUUCCUGGACGGGUUCAGCGUCCUGGGCACGCACCUCACGUGGCUGUGUGUUUGUUCUGUUUGUGUUGCUACCCUUAAUAUAAUCUUGCACUUAGUCCUUAAACCAAAUCAGUCUCCUAAGAGGCGUUCCUUUGCUCACAAGAUAUCCAGAUUUCUAAAAUGCUGUAUAUACUUUUUCAUGUCUUGCAUACUAUUUCAUGCGAUUAUUGUUCUUUAUGGAGCACCUCUCAUAGAGUCAGUGACUGAGACGUUUUUGUUUGCAGUUCUUCUGUCUACAUUUACUACUUUACAGUGCUUGUGUUUGCUGGGACCAAACGUACAGGCGUGGAUACGGGUAUUUAGUAAAAAUGGAGCUAUGUCCAUCUGGGAGAGCAGUCUACAGAUUACUUCCAUGUGCAGUAUACUUGGAGCUUGGUUUGGAGCGUUUCCUAUUCCUCUUGACUGGGAUCGGCCUUGGCAGGUAUGGCCCAUUUCCUGUUCCCUUGGAGCUACCUUUGGCUAUAUGGCUGGUCUGAUUAUUGCACCUCUGUGGAUACACUGGAACUGGAAGCAGCUUACAUACAAAAGCAGAUAACUGGAGCAAGAAAAGAGACAAGAUACGGGCUUCUCUUUCAUAUCAUUCAGUCUUGCCAGAGUCUUUGGGUCAUCACGGAGAUCAAUCUAGCAAGAAAGAUUGAAGUCAUGCUGGAAUACUUUCUCUAAACAAAAGUCAGCAGACAAUAUGAUACCCUCUUUUUAAAGAAUAAUUAUUCAGUGGAUAUUAUCUCUAUAGAAAUGGAGUCAUGUCAUGAUUCGGAUCGUGGACCCUUCCUGAUUCAAAACCCCUAAAUUUAAGCUGUGAACCUUUAGUUCAGAAGUAAGAAACAUUUAUUCUGUAAUCCAGCACUUCAAUUAGAUGUGAUCGUCUUAGAAUACUAAAUGAAGUGGCAGAAGUAUUAACCCAAAGGUAACACCAACAUGUGGGUCACUUCAUAAAGGAAGGCCAAUCCACUACCCACAAGAAGCAAGAGGAAAUUGUCUCACUUCUCCCCUUUUCCUAUUUGCUUCAGCAAAUAUUGCAUGUGACUAAUAGUUGUAGACCCGAGUAAUUCCAGUAACAUGGGCACGAUCACACAAUUUUAUUCCGUAAGUCACGUGCCUUUUUAGAAAGUCACAUGGGAGACAUGCAGCCCAUCCUGCCACCCUGCUUACAAAGGACAUAAGUUUGUUUUUAUAAAUGGAGAUAGCUCAUUGGAGAACAACACAUACUUAUAUUUUUCUGCCACCUGUAAGGGUUUUUCCUCCAAAGGCAGAAGGAGGUGCUGUUCAGGUCCUGUUGGGACUCAACUUCCAGCCCAGAGAAAAGGCCCUGUACAA